AUGAUAUUGAAGCAAUGGGAACCUAAAUUUCAAAUGAGUAAGGAGAAAACAAGAAAUAUUCCAAUUUGGGUGAUAUUCCCAAGUCUUCCAGUGGAGUAUUGGACAAAGGAGAAUUUAGCGCGAAUAGCAAGCUGUAUUGGGAAACCUAUAUGCUCUGAUAGGUUAACUGCAGAAGGUGAAAGAAUUUUUUAUGCUAGGAUGUUGAUUGAAAUGGAUAUAUCGCAAGAGUUGCCAAAUGUAAUGUUAAUUGAAGAGGCAGAGGGUACAUACAUGGAACAAGAAUUAGAGUAUGAAUGGAGACUAGCUUUUUGUGAAGUUUGCUUCCAAAUAGGCAAACAUGAAGUCAAUUGUGAGAAAGCCCCAAUAGAGAAGCAAAAAUACAGAGGGGAGGAACAGGAUAGACAAGCCGGAAUAAAGCAACAAAAGAAGAUGCAAUGGAAAGUAAAAGUUACUAUGGAACAAGGAGGAACAACAAAGGUGCAGGAAACAACAAUAUCACAGGAUAAGGAGAUGAAAGAUCAGGGGAAGGAACAAAAAGAAGAUCAGAACAUUGAAACACAAGAGGAAAAUUUUCAGCCACAGUAA